AUGGUUUUGAUAAAUAAUCGAAAGGUAGUGCAGCAGGCAAGAUUUUCGGUCGGAGAGUGUAUCAUCAACUCAAAGUGGGAAGUUAGACUUCUGGGAGUAAUAAUAGACAACCAGUUAAGCUUUAAUAACCACAUCGACCAUGCACGCGGAAGGGCCGUAAAAGUGAUCUCGGUACUGUCUCACAAUUUAGCGAUCAGCAGCAAUAAAAAGCAACUACUGGCGAGUGUUUCCACAUCGGUGCACAGAUACGCAGGACCUGCUUCGGUGGCGGCACUGCAGACGAAGAGGAACAAAUGUCGGCUGAACAGCACGUUCAGGCUGAUGGCCGUGCGGGUGUCUAGCGCUUAUCGAACUAUCUCGUCACAGGCAGCGUUCGUGAUAGCUGGAACGAUUCCCAUAAACCUUCUACUCGAAGAAGAUAGCGAGUGUUAA